CGACCGGUAGUGGAGACGAGCCACAGGCGGACAUGCGCGGAGGCGGCUGUCUCAUGCUCAUGCUCAUGCUCUGCGCCGCGCUCGCGCUCCGGCCCGGCGCUCCGCCCGGCGGCGGCGGAUCCGCGCCCUCCUUCCGGCAGCGGCUGCGCAGCGCCGUCGUGGAGCCGCAGGUCCUCGCGGCGGCGCGCGCGCUGCACGACGAGUGGGGCCGGCCGCGCGGAGGGCCGCCGCGGCGCGAGACGCGCGGCGGCCGCGGGAUGGGCCACCUCGGAUCGGCGUACGGCGUGCGCCCUCGCUUCCUCGCUGCGGCGUCGACAGAGGAGUCGAUUCCGCCCGAGGGCCGCCCCGAGGUGGCCGUGAUCGGGCGGUCCAACGUGGGCAAGUCGUCGCUGCUCAACGUGCUCACGGGCACCGCCGGCCUCUCGCGCGUCUCCGACAAGCCCGGCCGCACCACGCAGCUGACGUGGUUUGAGGUCGGGCGGCGGAGCAGCGCGGACUCGUUCUGGCUGGUCGACAUGCCUGGGUACGGGUUUGCGCUGGCGAGCGAGGCGGCAGUCGAGGCGUGGGCGCGCCUCUCGGCCGCCUACCUCCGCAAGCGCUCAACCAUCAAGCUCGUCCUCGUCCUCGUCGACGCCCGCGUCGGCCUCAAGCCGUCGGACGUGCAGAUGCUCCAGUUCCUCGAGGCGGAGGCGCGGCUGCCGUACCUGGUCGUCCUGACCAAGGCGGACGCGGCGGGCCCGCCGCAGCGGAUUGCGCAGGUCGCCGCGCUCGUCCAGUCCGGCCUCAAGUCCGCCCGGCGGCAGCUGAGGCCUCUCGCGCUCGUCUCGUCCCAGCGCAAGGCGGGCGUCGACGCGCUGCAGCGGCGCAUCAUCUGCGCGGCGACCGGCCGAAGCGACCUGCUGCCAGAGGCCACAGCGCCCGCGCCGCGCGGGCGGGGCGGCGGUCGCGGGGCCGCCGGGGCCGCGCGAGGGAGGGGAGGCAGGGGAGGCAGGGGCGGCGGGGGCGGCGGGACGGGGGUGAGGCGCGCUCGGUGAAGCGAGGAGAACCGCGCAGUCAGGCGGCCCGGUGUUCAGGCUUCAGCUCCAGGUCCUCCGCGACUGCGAAUCUGCGAUCCACUGGGGGUGGGGGGGGUUCUCAAGCUGGGGUCGCUCUAAAGUG